GCGUACGCCCUUCCACUUCCGGCAACUAGUUUACUUUUAUUUGCCGCUCGGUGUUCAUGUUUUCCACAAUUGAAUUUCUGGAAUUGUGACUUAAAAACCUUCCCCAAAACACACCUUCGUACAUUCCACGAGUAGUCGACAACCAGGCCACUAUUUACUUACAAACAUUCUACAAUGGCAAACGCGCUGGAUAUUUCACCUAAAGGAGACGGCGGCGUUCUAAAGGAAAUUUUGGUAGAAGGCGACGGCGAGAAGCCAUCCGGGGGAUGUAAAGUCAAAGUGCACUACACCGGAACGUUGCUCGACGGUACCCAAUUUGAUUCAAGUCGAGAACGAAACUCUCCUUUUGAAUUCGAUUUGGGAAAAGGUAGCGUCAUUAAGGCUUGGGACAUCGGUGUGGCGACAAUGAAAAAGGGGGAGCGUGCAAUGUUAACUUGUGCACCCGAGUACGCGUACGGCGAAGCCGGGAGCCCUCCAAACAUUCCACCAAAUUCCACGUUGAAAUUUGACGUGGAAGUUCUCGAGUGGGAAGGCGAAGAUUUAAGUCCGAAAAAAGACAAAUCCAUCGAACGCUUUAUUAUAGACGGCGGUGAAGGUUAUACGUCACCAAACGAAGGUGCACAGGUCGAAGUUCACUUGGUGGGAAAGUAUAACGAGACCGUUUUCGAGGAGAGAGAUGUCGCAUUUGCUCUGGGCGAAGGGUCAGAGGAGAAUGUAAUUGAUGGUGUCGAAAGGGCCUUGUCGAAAUUUAAAAAGGGCGAGAAGUCAGAGUUAAUUAUACAGUCUAAGUAUGCGUUCGGCGACGAAGGCAGUAAAGAAUUUAACAUUCCUCCCGGUGCGACGGUGCGGUAUAUUGUCACUUUGAAAACAUUUGAGAAGAUGAAGGAAUCUUGGUCUAUGGACGCCGCAGAAAAAAUUGAACAAGCAAAACUGCUAAAAGACAAAGGUACCAAGUAUUACAAAGAUGGCAAACUAAAUCUCGCGAUUAAAAUGUACAAAAGACUCAUCACGAAUCUUGAUGCUGAUUCCAAUCAAUCGGACGAGAAGAAGUCCUUGAAACUUUCCGCGAAUCUCAACCUCUCGCUGUGCUACUAUAAGUUAAAGGAAUAUUUCGAAACGCGACAGUCGGCGACGGCCGCGAUCGAGUUGGAUUCGAAAAGCGUGAAGGCGUUCUUUCGACGUGGACAGGCUCUGCUGGCUUUGGGCGAACCCGAGCUCGCGAGUAAGGAUUUCGCCGUCGUUUUAGACAUCGAACCCGAUAACACGGCGGCGAAGGCGCAACAGGCGCUGUGCGCCAAAACUCUGAAACAGCAGUUAGAGAAAGAAAAGCGAAUUUACGCGAACAUGUUCGAUAAGUUCGCCAAAAUGGACGCUCAGAAAGAAGAAGAUGAGAAGAAAAAACAGCCCGACGUUAUGUCGUCGUUGGGUGAGUGGGGCAAAGAGGAUCGUCAUAGGGAGCCGAGCGAAUUUGAAAAGGAAAAUCCGAACAUUCUUAUGCUUAAUGGUAGUGGUGAGUUUAAGGAUAUGUAGUGUUUUUUGUACUUGUAGCCCAUUAAGUUUAACGAAUCGUCAAUAAAUGUGUCAGUAAAAAG